GUUUGGUGUCCACUUGCUCAAUGUCGCUGCUGUGUGAGAGAGAGCGAGAGAUAGUGAAGCAGUCACUGCAUUAAGGAGCUGACACUGGGAGAACUUCACUGAUCGACUCGCCUCCUGAAGGAAGCAGCACAAGAGAAAACCAAACACAAACGAAGGCAAAGAAGUGACAUCAGAGGAGGAGCUACGAGCCUCUGGCCUCUACCCCUUUCUGAGGAGGGCUCUCUUGAAUCAUUGGGCAGUCAGACAGGGAAAGCAGUGAGAAACAGAGACGGAGGAUGGGAGGAUCCAGCUCCAGAGAUCAGAUGGAUCAGUCUUCAAACUACUCAUACUUCAGUCUGGCUGAGAUUAAUGAAAUGAAGAAUACCUUUGUAAAACAUGGAGUCACAAAGGUUAUACCACUGAUACAGAAGAGGUUAUAUGAACUGGACAACACAGAGCUGAAUGUUGCAGUAACAGGAGACUCUGGUGCAGGAAAAUCCACCUUCAUCAAUGCAAUGAGAGGGCUUCAGCGAAAUGAUGAGGGAGCAGCUGAAACUGGGACCACAGAAACCACAAUGAAGCCAAUUGGCUACAAACAUCCCAACCUGCCGCAUGUUUGUUUCUGGGAUCUGCCUGGAAUUGGAACGGUAAAGUUUCCAGCUAGUAAAUACCUGAAGGCAAUGAAUUUUAAAAUAUAUGAUUUCUUCAUCAUUAUCAUAGCCUGUCGAUUCACAGAAAAUGAUGUGAUACUUGCCAAAGAGAUUAAACAGCUGGGGAAGAAAUUCUACUUUAUUCGAUCUAAAAUUGAUAAUGAUCUUCAUUCAGAGAGAACAGGAGGAGGAAGAUUUAAUGAAGUGAACACACUGGAAAAGAUCAGGAAGGACUGUGUCAGCAAGCUGCAAGAGGCAGGGAUCCCAUCACCCAGCGUCUUCUUGAUGUCAAGCCUCAAUCUGGAUCAGUAUGAUUUUAAUCUGUUAAAUAAAGCUCUUGAAGGUGAUCUUCCAAAUAUUAAAAAAAGUGUACACGUACUGGCUCUUCCAAACUUAAAUUCAAAGAUUGUGGAGAAGAAAAGGGAAGAGCUAAGAAGACAAAUUUGGAUGGUUGCAAUAGUUUGCGGGGCAUUCGGGGCAUUUUCAGCUCCUGGACAGUUCUUUGACUGUGAUAUUCCGAUACUGAUUAACACAAUAAAAAAAUUCCAUGAAUGCCUAGGUCUGGACAAUGCCUCUCUUCAAAGACUGGCCAACAUUGCAGGAAAACCUGUAGAAAAACUAAAAGCAGUGGUGUCAACUCGACUAGUUGGGUCAGAUAUAAUUCCCUAUAUAAUAAGAAUAAGAGAGAGGCUCAGUGUCAACAGCAUAUCAGCAGUGGAGAUGACCUUUGCCACAAUCCCAGUUGCUUCCAUCUUUGCAGCAAGGUCAUCAUACCUUGCAGCCUACAAGUUGUUGAACGCUGCACUGGAUGACCUUACAGAGAAUGCACAGAGAGUGAUAACAGCUGCAGUUGAAACUGAAUCAAUCCGAGAUCAAGAAGCUGAAGCUUCAAAUUGUUUGGAAAAUCAAACAGUGGAAUCUUCAAACUCUUCAUUCUUCACUGAGGAAGAGCUUAACAAACUGAAGUCUGAUUAUGAAACGGGUGGAGUGGAAAAGGCUAAAACAGUGUUACAGCAGAAAGCAACUGAACUGGACAAGACAGAACUUAAUGUUGCAGUGACAGGAAAAACAGGUGCAGGGAAAUCUUCCUUCAUCAAUGCGAUGAGAGGACUUCAGUUCAAUGAUGAAGGAGCAGCUGAAGUUAGUUCCGUCAUGUGCACAAUGGAGCCAACCAGAUACAAACAUCCCAACCUGCCAAAUGUUUGUUUCUGGGAUCUACCAGGAAUUGGAACCAUACGUUUCCCAGUGAAUGAAUACCUGAAAGAAAUGAAAUUUAAAAAAUAUGAUUUCUUCAUCAUUAUCUCAGACAGUCGAUUCACAGAAAAUGAUGUAAUACUUGCCAAAGAGAUCAAACGGCUAGGGAAGAAUUUCUAUUUCGUUCAUUCUAAAAUUGAUAUGGAUCUUGCUGCAAUGAGGAGAGGGAUGAGAGUUAAUGAAGAGGAAGAACUGGUGAAGAUCAGAAAUAACUAUGUCAGCAAGCUGCAAGAGGCAGGGAUCCCUUCACCCAGAGUGUUUCUGAUUUCAAACUUUGAACUGGAUUGGUAUGAUUUUAGACUCUUAGAUAAAGCUCUUGAAGAUGACCUUCCACAUAUAAAGAAAAGUGUGCCCACGUACGCCCUUCCAAACUUAAACUUGGACAUUGCGGAGAAGAAGAGGAAAGAGCUAAAGAAACAGUCUGGAUGUUGGCGACGCUUUCUGGUGAAAUCGGGACAGUGCCAAUUCCUGGAGUCUCCCUUGCUAGUGACUUAGGUAUACUGACUGGAGGAAUAAUACAUUUCUGUCACUGUCUGGGUCUGAAUGAUUUUUCUCUUCAAAGACUGGCCAAAAGGGCAGGGAAACCUGUGGAGGAUCUGAAAGCAGUGGUAACAACUCCCGUGGUCGUGGGAGAAAUAACUCCCAAUGUCAUGAACAGAUAGGCCUGGGGAGUUGUUGCUGUCACCGUCUCAACAACCGAGCUCGCCCUUUACAUCGUCCCAGUGGUUGGUCCCAUCUUUGGAGCAGGGUCAUCAUUCCUUAUGACCUACAAACUGCUGAAUGCUGUGCUGCAUGACAUUGCACAGAAUGCACAGAGAGUGGUGACAAGUGCAUUCGGGUCCAAAAAUGAUCCAAACCAAACAUCAGUACAGUGACUGAAUGCUGUAGUUGAUGGAUUCUCAGAUGUUGCUGAAAUAAUAUUAAUAAUUAUAUAUUAUAAUAAUUGUUAUUUUAAAAUAUUCCUUUGUUACUGAGCUCAUUAGUAAAAAUAUUCUUCCCCCAAGUCAGGGAAGUGUUAUUGCAGAACAGUUUCUUUUGGAUUGCUCUAUUUACAUGUAUCAAAUGGAGAAUUUUAAGAAUCAAAUUAAUUUCACAUCUUCCCUUCUCAAUUACACUGAAUAUGCUGAUGGGUUUAAUGUAUGUCCCACUCACCUGGCAUUAAAACAUUCCACAGAGCAGAAAAUGUCUGAAAAGGAUUCAAUUCUCUGAAGAUCUCAAUAUACAUUAUAUCAAAAUAUGGUGAAAGUGCUGGAUAAAAUAAAAGCUAUCGGCCCUGACAUCAUACAAACAAUGCGACUGAAGACUUCUGCUCCGGAACUUGCCAAGUCCCUUGGCAAUUGGCAUACUGGAAGCCAGCUGACAAACCACAGCACAGAUCAAACCAUGGGCCAAUCACUGCCUUUUUCAGUCUACUCUCAAUCCUUAACAAAGUGACAUAGCUAUCAAACAACACUUGCUCAACAAUAACCUGCUCUCUGAUGCUCAGUUUGCUUUCUGCCAUGCCCAUACUUGAAAGAGUUGAACUGCACAUAUGAUGGGGAGAGACUGCACUUGGUAUCAAGAUUCCACAUCUCACUACUAGUGGGACAGGACUUGGUGCAAUCCUAAUGCAGCAAGGACAAUGUGUUACAUCUGGUUUUGGGGAAUUGACACAAAUCGAACCAUUGCACUCAGAUGGACAAAGAGUGCCUGGCCAUUGUCUUUGUUUGUGAACAUUUUCAUCAAUAUCUACUUCCAAGGGACAAUGUAAAAUUCAGCGCUGACCAUACGCCACUUCAGGGCAAUUUCCACAAAUUGCCACUAUCUGCUCCAAAGAUUGUUUCCCAAAAUACAGAGGUACCACCUGGACAUGAUAGGCAGGUGAUUUAAGUAGGUGUAAAUUGCAAACGUGCCAUUGAGAACAGCCUUCCUUAUGAAGAAAGUCACAAAGGAUGCUAGAGUCAUAAUGUACCUGGUAUCCAUAUGCUGCAUUAUCUAUGGAAACAGACCCUUCAAUCCAACUCAUCCAUGCAGACCAGACAUUCCAAUCUGACCUAGUCCCAUUUACCAGCACUUGGUCCAUAUCUCUGAAAAUCUGUCCUAUUCAUAUACCCAUCGAGGUGCGUUUUAAAUGUUGUAAUUGUACCAGCUUCCACCACUUCAUCUGGCAGCUUGUUCCACACACGCAGCACUCUCUGUGUGAAAACGUUACCCGUCAGAUCCUUUUACAAUCAUUCCCCUCUCACCUUAGACCUUGCUGGUGACAGUGGCAGAGUAGGUAGCAUUCAGGGCUCCUGAGACCAACCCCUCCUCAACACUGGGACAGCCUCAUUAUUCUUUCACCUUUUCUUUCUUAUCUCUUUUGUCUUCAUCUUCUUUUUGGUGGUGACAGCGAUAUAAGGCAACAUCAGCGGGAUCAGCAGCCGAAGCAGUGGCAGUGCAAAUAGGGACAGGCAGCCUGAGGCGUCUGGUGGUGAGAGCAGGAGCAGGCUUCAAAGCAGCAGAAUCAGGCAGCCCGAGGCUGCAGCAGGGGCAAAGUUGAACCCAGAGUGGGGGAGACCAACCCCUUGAGAGGAGUGCGAACCCAGUGUGGCCAGGUGCUCAUGGACUGUUAGCGUUGAAUUAUUUACAGUGUUUCUACCCACGUCACCCAUCUCAUUCCAAGACCUUCAGCAGUUGGCCUAAAAACCCUCCGUUUCUUCCUCUCCUGUCAGCCCAACCAGUCCCCCUCCACUGACAUUCUCAUCCGUUUAACGGAACUUGACUUUACCCUUAACAACUUUUCCUUUAAGUCCUUGCACUUUCUACAAACCAAAGGGGUGACUAGGUGUACCAGUAUGGGUCCGAGCUAUGCCUGCCUCUUCGUGGGAUACACUGAACAGUCCCUCUUCCACUGGUAUACUGGUACUGUGCCCCCACAACUUCCUCUGCUACAUUGAUGACUGCAUCAGCACUCUCUCAUUCUCCUAUGUGGAGUUUGAAUAGUUCAUCUACUUUACUAACAUUUAUCAAGCCAAUCUCAACUUUACCUGGAUCAUCUCCGAUACCUCCCUCCCCUUCCUGGAUCAUCUCUGCCUCCAUCUCUGGUAACCAUCUCAGGUAACCAUCUCAGGAUCAACAUCUAUUUCAACUCUCCUACAGAGCCAAUCACAUCCUGCACCUUUACCACAUUUGCCUCCGUCUUACAACACUGAGUAUAUUUCAAAGUUCUUCAUUUUGUGUAAAUUGCUUUGAUCCUAGCGAGUUUUGAGAAGAUUUGUAGCUCAGGUUGAGGUUCUGGAUGUGAUAUUGCUCACUUACAUUGAACAAACAGGCAGAAAGCUAGCCACCAGGAUACAUGAACAUCAACUAUCCACAAAACGACAUGACCCACUAUCACUAGUAUCCUUGCAUACAGAUGAGGAAGGACACCACUUUGAUUGGGACAACACAUCCAUCCAAGGACAAGCCGAACAGAGACACGCACAAGAAUUCCUAGAAGCAUGGCAUUCCAACCGGAACUCCAUCAACAAACACAUUGGUUCCAAAUCAAUCUACCAUCCUCUGAGAAAAAGAACAGGAAAUGGCAUCACCAAUGCAGAAAAUGACAUCACCAACCCAAGGAAACCUAAACAGAUAAAUAGAAAGCGGGACAUAACACCAGCACUUCAUCGGAGGCUCACUGAUGAUGUUACCUAGAAUGGUGACGAACCGUCUGAAAACUAACCUUCUUGCUUUGAUCCAUUAGACUGGAGCUUUUUUGCAGUGUGACCCCAUUUUUAAUGCCUCAGAUUUCACAAGGUGAUGAUUUGGGAAGGUGUGACAGAUUUUGAGUGGUUGGCUGAGCUUUGAUUGCUGGGAGAUGUGGAAACUUCAGUUAUUGAGAGGGAGGACAUGGAGAAGAAUCAGCACUGGGGGAGUUGAUGUAAAGAUCGGGAUCUCUAAAGAAAGCCCUCAAAUGUCUGCCCGUUUUUAGGCUUUUAAGGCUUCUUAAUUUGCCGCAACAGUAGGGCUCAGAGAACUGUCCAUUGGGUCACACCCACCAUCAAUGAGGGGAAAAAAAAUUAAAGGUAUCUCACAGUUUUUGGAAGUCAGAGCAAACUCCACAGGAGCCAUUGCUGCUUUGAAGGACGUGACUCCGGAAUCUGACCUUGUGACCUCAAUGUUUUGGAAAUUCUGUACUACAUUCAGUAGCCACUUUGAAGAUAUCUCACAUCCUUUCCUGAUGAAUCUGACAUUUGGGCACCAGGCAAGGAUAAAUUGUUGGUUGGAAAAACUGUCAAUCCCUGAAGUUGGGGUAGAGAGAAAAUUCCUUUGGAAGCUUGCUGCUUUCCUUAUUCUCUGUCUUCCUCGAUAGGGUAAAGACUUGAGAGUGAAGUCAGGAAUAUAUCUGGGGAUGGGAAUGGGGGCACAGGGAUUUCUCAACAUGUGCCGUGAAGUACUUACUGUAUUUUAGAGUCGUACAGCAUGGAAACAGACCAUUCAUUCUAACCAGCCCAUGCCGGCCAUAAUCCCAAAGUACACUAGUCCCACUUGCCUGUGCUUGGCCCAUAACCUUCCAAACAUUACAUAUUCAUGCAUUAUCCAAAUGUUUCUUUAAAUACUGUAACUGUACACACAUCCAGCACUUCUGCUGGCAGUUCAUUCCACAUAUGAACCAAUCUCUGUGCAAAAAAAGUUGCCCCGUGCUAUUUUUAAAAAUAUUUCUCCUUUCAUCUUAAACAAAUGCCCCCUAGCCUUGAAAUCCACAACCCUAGGGAAAAGGCACCUGCCAUUUAGCUUAUCUAUACCCUUCAUGAUUUUAUAAACCUCGAUAAGGCCACCCUUCAAUCUCCUAUGUUCCAGCGAGAAAAGAUACCAGCCUUACCAAUUACAGUUCUCCCUCACUACUGUCCUGAGGUGCCGCUUGCAUUAUAUUCUCAAAUCCUUCUGGCUGAAGAGCCAAGAAUGCUGCUAACUGAACAUAUUGACAUGAAUUGAAAUCUGUUGUCACUGAUAGACCUUCCUCCGAUAAUUCUGUAUUUUCAGGGUUAAUAUUGCGCUAAAGCUGACAUGCUUACCUCCCAUAUCACUCACUUAACCUCUGCCAGUUCCCCUGUGGUUACCAACUGCUCAGAUACGAUACUACAUUAUAAGAUAGAUGGAAUAGUUAUUGCAAUGACAACUGUAACAAAAUACACUCAAUGUGCAAGAAUUCUUUGUUCUGAAUCAAGCUACCCUUUUUCAAUAGGUUGAAAAAUAAAACAAAUUUAGUUUAAGGCAUGCUCCUCUUUUGUAUCUGCUUUUAAUACCAUUUUAUGCAAUUACCAUACAAUUGCAGUUCAGCUUGUUUUGACAUUUGUAUC